AUGGCCUCCUCAGCUAAAGCUAAAGUACGCUGUGCGCACUCUCAGACUUUCAGCUUCAGCUUUACGAGUUCUCGUCACACACAAUCAGGGUCCAAUACUCCAUCAGCGACAUCUCAUCAACAUGAAGUGUACCUGCAGCAAUCACAUUCGCAAGGCUCUCAACAUGGCACAGCUACGCAUGAAGAUGAUAUGUUGCCAUUUUUUCCGCGUUUUGAAUCGCAGUGGUUGUGUGAUGAAAAGUUACUGGUUGCAUGGUUUGAGCCGCAUUUUGCUCAGGCUAAGUAUAAUUUAGACCCGGGGAAUAAUGGUGGUAGUAAUGCGUGUACAUUAAUCGCUGUUUUGUUGAGCUCUUAUUGUUCGAGUGAGAAAGUUUUGACAACCUGUACGCACAAUCAAAUAAGUUAUUGUAUCAUCAAAGCUCUGGGCAUUGCUAUGCUGAACGGCAAUGAAAUUUACAACCGUCUAAAACGUGAAGGGCAACUACCAAACGUUAAUUUGUCUAUUCCUGAAGCGAUUAGUUGCGCGGGGAAGUUUGCGUCGCGUAUUAAAGAAUGGAAAAGUGUCCUUUACAUGCAGUCACUCUCCGAUUCUUUAUUUACCAACACCCAGGGCCAUUUAGAUGAAUGGAACGCUAGUGCGCAUGCACAAAGGCACAAUUAUCUUUAUAUCAUUUUAAUUUCGGACGCACGUAGUGUUUUAUUUAUUAACAAUCGUAAAGAUAAUUCAAUAACUCUUGUCGAUUCUCAUCAACAUUCAGCUUAUAAAGGUGCUGCUAUUGCUGUCGUUAAUAAAGCAAACUUCAGAUGUCUUUGCAACUGGUUCGUCCAUAUUCUACAAAAGUACAAUCAAUCAAAUCCGGGACUGUACGAAUUGUCAUUUUUAUAUUAUCGAAGAAAGUAGAAUUUUUAUCAAUUUUAUCAAUUUUAUGCUAUAUAACUAUUUCAAUGAAAAAAAUAAAUGCAAUAUUUUAUCGA